AUGUAUUUAUGCUUUUUUCAGUCUUUAGGAUUACCUUUUGGUAAAACAAAAAAACCUGAUCAUUUCCGUUUUGAUGAUAAUGGUUAUGGAAUAACAUCAACACUACAAUCUGGAUGGAAUUCUGCUAGAGUACAAUUGCAGUCUAAUCAUCCACUUGAAAGCAGACCGGCUGGACCUUUAAUUCAAGCCAUGGAACUUAAGGCUGCCAGACAGGUACGUAGUCUCGAUUGUUUUAUUUCAAACUUUCAAUUAGAUGUUUUAACUGGUCGUGAUAUGGAAAUGGAUUUUGAUGAUUUCUUAAAUACUGAAGAAUUUAAAGAAGUACAAGCUCAACCACAUAUUGUUUCGAUAUAA